AUGCGCGAGGUUAAAUCCUAUCGGUCGGUCACUUGCGUAGAGAGGCGCAAGGAAACAAGCCAUAGCGAAGCUCGUGCAUCAACUCGUUUAAAGAAUAUAAAUCUAACUAAAUUUCAUGCUGCAUACGAGCGUUACUUAGCGACUGUCCCUCGUGAGCUACGUCUUACUGAGCUUCGUGAUUCGUGGCACCCUGUGACCCCUGACCACCGUUCGUCACUAAGCAUUUCACAGUGGAACUGUGAGAUUGGAGCUUGGCGUCGUCAAGUAUAUCUGUGGAACGAUAUCACAGAUUCUCAGCGUGUUUUGCUAUGCGACGCCGUACGUAAAGCGGACAGCAAAUUGUUUUUGGCUAUCUGCGAACCUACUUUACCCCAAACAUCGCCGGAAGAAGGUUACGACCUACUAUUGGGUGCUGGUAGAUGUGAUCUACCUCUUACGCCGUUAUUGUAUAAACCAAGUUGGUUCAAGGGCCAGAUAACACAUUCAGGAUUCCGUACAAUCGAGGAAUCUGAAUUUUUGAUCCGUGCACUUCGCGGUCAUAGCUUCUCUGUAAGUGCCGAGUUUCGUAUGUUUCACGAGGACUACACUCGGUCGUUCACUGAGAGAGGCCGUCCAUAUGGAUGCGAGUGA